AUGAUAAAAAUUAGCCAUAUCCAAAAGGUCUUAACAAGAUUGACUAGUUUGAGCUUCAAGACUAAAAGCACGUCUGGAUAUGAACUUUUAAACUUGGAAGGACGCCCGUUGGUAGAAAUAAAACACGAUCAAGAAGGGAACAAUUCACAAGAGACUGUGUCUGGUGCAUCAAAUGAAGCUACACAAACUUGGGCAAAUGGCCUGCGAGGCCUCGCAGCUUUCUUAGUUAUGAUUCAUCAUUCCAUCGCUGCUUUCAACCUUGAAGCUACAGUGGCUCUCAAAGACCCCGAUGGAACCGUACAUUUUUGGCAGUGGCCUAUCUUACGAGCAGCCAUAUCUUCUGACUUCUUGGUGCAGGUUUUUUUUGUUUUGUCAGGUUAUGUGCUGUCUUAUCGGCCUCUCUAUCGGCUUAGCAAGAGACCUCAAAAGGUGGAAUCUGUCCACAGUUCAUUGGCAUCGGCUUGCUUACGACGGAUAUUCAGGUUAUUACCUCCUCCGGUGACGGCAGUUAUGAUCUCGCAUAUCAUUUUAUUGGGUGGAGGUUUUGACAUGGCACGAGCCAAGGAAGUGUGUAGCUCCUGGACGAAAGACACUGUGCCACGUUGGAUAACCUCCAACUGGCGCGAGCAAACUUUAGAAGCUUUGAAAAGCAUGGUGGCUAUAUGGUAUGAAGAGCGAACUAAAUCUGAAUAUGACGCUGUGCUGUGGACGAUGCCUGAAGAAUUACGAGGAUCGAUGUACAUUUAUUUGUUUUUGCUGGCAACUUCAAGUUUAAAACGUCGAUUUCGAGUGAUCCUAGCGCUUGCAUUAGCACUCGUGAACCUCUUGAUGAAAAAAUUAUCGAUCUUGCCAUUCAUUUCAGGCAUUUUCAUGGCCGAGCUUCAUAUUUCGCAAUCCGAACGCCGCGGAUCACCAAUCAACAGGAUUUUGGUUUACCUUGGUCGGUUGGCCAUUUUCAUCACCUUGAUGAUUGGGUUGUUUUUUGGUUCAAUACCAGGUUACCCAACCACCGAAAUGAAAUCUACCGCCUGGUCAUCCGCAAUGUUCCGCGUCAUGUCAAGGUUAUACAGUCAAGAUGAACCUCAAGUGAAGGCACUAUACACGCUCAUGGGUAGCACUCUUGCAGUUUUUGCAAUAUCACAAUGGUCUUGUGCUAAAAAGCUUCUAUCCACUCGAUCACUUCAAUUCUUGGGCAGAAUCUCUUUUUCAUUAUAUGUAAUUCAUGUUCCACUCUUACUUAGUGGAGGGAUUUCUCUAGUUUGGAAUUUUCGACAUUCAGGAGUUUCUAAUACUUUAUCAGUCUUUCUUAUGUUACCUUUUUGGAUUGGAACGGUCAUCAUUGUUAGUUUGAUCAUGACAAAGUAUAUAGACGAGAAGGCCGUUACAUUUAGUCACACAUUGGAAAGGUAUUGGAGGGUAUAA